UAAGAGUUAUCGGUUAGAACUAGCGUCAUCAGUUGUGGAAAUACGUCGUGGAAAACGACCAGAUAUAUGUCUUUGUUCGUUCCCAAGUCGUAUCAAUUACACACUAUACGCUAUGUUAAUGUUUAUGCGUCGGAGCUGAUUUAAACUAGCAAAAUUUCGCUACUGUGCUUUUACAUCGAAAUAAACACGAUAUACUUUCUGGAAAAAUUAGUUUUCGCUUCCGGGCCGGAAUCGAUACCUCUGUUGCCGUCGUCUUUCUGCUGUCUACUCCGCCCCCAGUUCGCGAAUGAUAUUUGCACAAAGUUUGCUUUUAUCCACGACGACAUCGCAGCAUUUGAUCGCUGACCAGCCGAAAUGGUGUUUAAAGUGACUGUCAACAGUGCGUGGAGGGCGACGAGGACGCUGUGGCUGCUCGUGCUAGUGAGCUUGUCUGUGUGCAUCUGUGUGUGCCGAGCAUCAUUACCUCCGGAGGAGGACAGUGCCAUGGAGAACAUCGUUACAGAGAAAAAGGCUGAGGAGAGCCACAGGCAGGACAGCGCAGACCUGCUCAUCUUCAUCCUGCUCCUCACCCUCACAAUCCUGACCAUCUGGUUGUUCAAACACCGGCGGUUCAGGUUUCUGCAUGAAACCGGGCUAGCGAUGAUUUAUGGCUUACUCGUUGGUGUGGUCUUGCGCUAUGGCAUCCAUGUUCCUCGGGAUGUAAGCAACGUCACCCUGAGCUGCCAUGUUAACGCCAGCCCCGCCACUCUGCUGGUCAAUGUCAGCGGCAAGUUCUAUGAAUACACUCUGAAAGGGGAGAUCAGUGCCAACGAGGUGAACGAUGUGCAGGAUAAUGAGAUGCUGCGAAAGGUGACCUUUGACCCUGAAGUGUUCUUCAAUAUUCUCCUACCACCCAUAAUCUUCCAUGCUGGCUACAGCUUAAAAAGGAGACACUUUUUCCGUAACAUGGGAUCUAUCCUGGCUUAUGCCUUUCUGGGAACAGUCAUUUCCUGUUUUAUUAUUGGGCUGCUGAUGUACGGUUGUGUGAUGCUAAUGAAGCAGGUGGGACAGCUGGAUGGAGACUUCUUCUUCACCGAUUGCCUCUUCUUUGGAGCCAUUGUCUCUGCCACAGACCCUGUGACGGUCCUGGCUAUCUUCAACGAGCUGCAGGUAGACGUGGAUCUGUACGCUCUGCUGUUUGGAGAGAGCGUCCUCAACGAUGCCGUGGCCGUGGUUCUGUCCUCGUCAAUAGUAGCAUACCAGCCAGAAGGAGACAACAGUCACACCUUUGAGGUCAUGGCGAUGCUGAAGUCUUUUGGGAUUUUCCUCGGAGUCUUCAGCGGCUCUUUUGCUCUGGGAGUGGCAACUGGAGUCGUCACUGCUCUCGUGACCAAGUUCACCAAGCUGAGGGAUUUCCAGCUGUUAGAGACGGCUCUCUUCUUCCUCAUGUCAUGGAGCACAUUCCUGUUGGCUGAGGCUUGUGGUUUCACAGGUGUGGUAGCAGUGCUGUUCUGUGGGAUCACUCAGGCUCACUACACUUACAACAACCUGUCCCCUGAGUCCCAGGACAGGACCAAACAGCUGUUUGAGCUACUGAAUUUCCUGGCAGAGAACUUCAUUUUCUCCUACAUGGGUCUGACCCUGUUCACCUUCCAGAACCACGUCUUUAAUCCGAUGUUCAUUGUUGGAGCUUUUCUGGCAGUGUUCCUGGGAAGAGCCGCUAACAUCUAUCCUCUCUCAUUCCUUCUUAAUCUGGGACGACGCAACAAGAUCAGAUCCAACUUCCAGCACAUGAUGAUGUUUGCAGGACUACGAGGUGCGAUGACUUUUGCCCUGUCCAUCAGGGACACAGCGACAUACGCCCGUCAGAUGAUGUUCUCCACCACUCUCCUCGUGGUCUUCUUCACAGUUUGGAUUUGUGGAGGUGGCACCACCCAGAUGCUGUCCUGCCAGCGCAUACGGGUGGGAGUGGACUCUGAUCAAGAUAACUCUAUGAGUAUCGCUGAGGGAUCAGAGAGAAGAAGCACCAAACAAGAAAGUGCCUGGCUUUUCAGAAUUUGGUACAACUUUGACCACAACUACCUGAAGCCCAUCCUGACUCACAGCGGCCCCCCUCUCACAGCCACGCUGCCUCCCUGCUGCGGCCCCCUCGCCCGCUUCCUCACCAGCCCUCAGGCCUAUGAGAAUGAAGGCCAAUUGAAGGAUGACGACUCUGACCUCAUCCUGACAGACGGCGACAUUAACCUGACCUAUGGUGACAUCACAGUCAGCACAGAUGGCUCAGGCACCCACACCAGUGGCGGUCCAGCCUUCGCCGGCGCCACCUCCGAUGACUUGGACAGAGAGUUAACGUAUGGAGAUCACGAGCUGGUGAUGAGGGGCACACGCCUGGUGCUGCCUAUGGACGACUCGGAGCCGCCCUUCACAGACCCACACCACCGCCUGCGGAUGUGAAGAUAGCCUUUUCGAUCGCAGACCCAGACAACCGUCCAAUUCACACUGACCCGAGCCAUCGAGCAAAAGACCAGUACUUGUCCCCUCUCCUUUUCAUCCUUCCACUUUUUUUCUGUUUUGCUCUCGCAUCUUGCCUCAUUCCUCUCGCUUCUUUUUCCCUCACAACAACAUUUUCCUACUUCCUCUGGCGGCAAAUCACUGUCUCUACCUCAUUCUCAUUCUGCUCAUUUCCACACCUUUCUGGCAUCUGCCACAACUGUAAUAUAGUCUUAUUUAUUUGCAGCAUUCAUUUGAAAGUCAGUUUCUCUUAGUUUGGCUUAACUUUGUGUGACAGUCACCUUACUGUAGCAUUGCACAGAGGUCUAGCAGCAUGUGUUAGUGUGUAAAUGCAAGUACCAACCACUAGCUAAUUUGUUGACGUACAGUAUAUCACAAGAGUACUAUAACUUUGAUAUGCAUGCUGAGGAUGCUUGUUGUUUUCUUUGUAUGGGAGGUUGAGGGCUUUUGUGUUUUGGGUCUGACUUUGAAUGUUGCUGCCUUCUCUCUGUGCAACAGAGACAUGCUGACCCAGUGGACAACUUUACUGUACAUUUGGUUACAAUCAAGUGCCUGGGAAAUGUAGUUUUAAACCUGGCAACUCAUGCUGGAUCAGCUCUGGGAAGCAGAGCUGGUUGAGGAUGGGCAGUCAUGCAGUUGUAGUUUUCCUUUGUAAAAAAAAAAGAAGGAAAAAAAAGAAGAAAAAAAUCCCAAAAAAUAAAACCAACACCUCUGUCCAUAAGGUAGCAAUAUACUCAGUGGGUGUUUGGGCUGUCAGUUUGUGCUACUUGCCUGUAAAUAGUGUGUAACAAUGUAACGCCACUGAUGCAGAGUAAACCUGGCAGUGAAAGUUGUGGAUCUCUCCCAAUGACCUAUGACUGUGACAUACAGAGGGACUUUACACCUUAUUUUAGAAGCUGAUGUCGCUCACAGCAGAAGGAAGGGCUGUUGUUCUGAAAACGAGAUCCAAAUGAGGAAAGCUUAGUGCCAUUUCUGUCCUGCAUUUUGACAUUUUGUGAAAACUGAAUGCAGACAACCUUACAAGUGUUUUAUAUUCUUUUUAGCAACAGAGCUUAAAUGACUUUAAGCUGAAUCACAUUUUUCAUACUCAUUUUUCAGCUUUGUGCACACAUUUUCUAUCACAGUCAUUACAUUGUUGAGAUUUUGAAUCUGAUUUUCUCAUUAAAUGAAAACACAUAUAGAUACAUGAAUUUGACACUAAAGGAACUUAGUACCAUGUUAUUGGUAAGCACGCCGGUAUUUUUGUGAGUGAGAGUUUGGCAAAUGAGAGAACUGAUUGAGCUAAAGAGCUCUCGGAGCUAAAGCUGAUAUAUUUUAAUGUCUUGUUUUUUUCUGAUCUACAGUUAGAAACCCAAAGAUACUCAUUUUGCAAUCACACAAGACCAAAAACAGUAAUAAAUAUUUUGAAUUCAGGAGCUGGAUUCAGUAAAUUCUAGACAAUUUUCUUUAAAAAUCAGUUAUUGAAAUUGUUGCAGAGUAAUUUUUUCUCAAUUUUAUAAAAUGAGGGUCAAGAAAUCAUUAAACAAUACAGGAAGGGUCUCAUGAUUUUUUUAAUCAAUUCAUCCCUGAUAUGAGCAGAUAUUUCUGUUGGUACUGUGGCAGUUCAUCAGUAGGAGGUUUGCCAGAAUAGAGCAACAGUAAUUGUUUAUAUGCUGGACGUUUUUCUCUGCUGUUCUUUAGGAUUUAUGGUUUGAUGGUUAAACAGGAUUUAAGACGCAUUAAAUCAUAAAAGUAUGUGCUAUUAAAAUGUUACUUAUGGAUGGAUAUGUUACAUUUAACUUAUAGUUUUAUUUUAGUCUGUCGUACACUGUGGAGGCUGUUUCGGUGGGUGUACAAGAAGAAUGGAAGGUUCUGUGACCUCCUUCGGGUGCGGAGUAUAGCAGCUGUUAAUGCGGGUUUAACAGGAAGCAUUGAUAGGAUGUCACCCUGGCAACGCUUUGUUGAUGUGGACAGAUGCCAUAAAAACACUCGGUGACUUAGUUGAACACAACAGUCUUGCAUUUUACCCUCAUGGUGAGCCGAAGGAGAAAAAAAAAAGGGGUGAAUGCAAAAUGGAUGCAGGAGGAUGAGGUUAAAGAAAGGAGAAAUGGAUGAGGGAGGAUAGUUAGGCCUCUGUUUGUGUGUGUGCUCGUAUAUUGAGGAUGAUACAGAGGUGGAAGGAAGAGCAGGCUUUUAGACUAUCGCUUUUCCUCCCACAGUUAUCUUCUGCUGUGCAGGAACUUCUUACUGAAAGUGUUGACUUUUUUUUUUAUCAGGCAUGCCUCUUGACAUCACAUUAUCCAGGAAACGAUUUAUUCUUUCCAACAUUUUAUACUUUUUGUCUGUGUUAUUGUUGAAUUUUACUUUGUAGAAGGGAAAUAAUGAAGUGAAAGAAAAAGCUGAAUCAUUUGCACUCAUCCUUUGAGAAUGUGUUUCUGUUUUACUGCUGCGACGUUUGUUUUAUCUAACAGCUGCUUUUUUAUUAUAAUUAUUUACCUUAUGUUUUGGAAGGUUGUGGAAAAAUGAGCAACGUCAUGUCAGUUUAACGAAUGGUGAAAUGAUAUUAUAGUAGACAUUAAGUUGGUUCAUUGAUGUUACUUUGUAAAGAAUUAUUUCCACAUUUGCAGUGGCAGACCUUUCAUACUGUUGCCCCAUCUUAACACUUUUCCAUUCAGGUACUUACGUAUGUAUGUUUGCAACAAAUCGCUGUUUAAAUGCUGUUGCCAUGUCUUCUGCAGAGCAUGAAUCAUUCAUCCUCCUCUGAUGGUGGAGAAGACUCUUUGGAGAAAAAAAAGUCUAAAAAUAUAUACGAGCAGAAUUGUGUGCCACUGUUCUUCAACUGACACAUUAAAAAAAAUGUGAAAUCUACAAACGCUCCUAUAGGUUUUUGGUAUUUGCCCACUGCUCUGCCAGUAUGUGUUCUCGCUCUCUCUCUCCGUUCUCUGAAUGGUGACUUGUGAUAGGCUUUGACCAUUGGAAAUCUUGUCUAAAGUAGCUGACCAAAGAGGCCUGCUGUGCUCUGUGUUUUCAGACAGUCCACUCUAUCUUUAUACUGCAAAUUCUCUCUGAGUGAAUGUGUGUGAGUGUUGAUGCCUGCAAGCAUACAUGGAUGUGUGUACUUGUAUGUGUGUGUGCAUGUGUGAGAGAGAAAGAGGGAGAUGUUGUGUCCUCUCGUUUCCUCUGUGAUGCAGGUACUGACUGUUUACAUCUGUGUAAAUAUACUCUCACCUGUUCGUGUGCGUGCAACGGUCAAUAAAUAGAAGCCUGUGCUUUUGAUUAAAGCCCUCGCUGUAAUGGCCUCCUCA